AUGCCCGAAACCAAGCAAUUUUCGCAUACCAUCAAGCUAUCCCCUGGCUCUUCGCAUGCCGGGCAGGAGUUUGAGGGCAAGCUAGCUUACUGGAGUCUCGGCGACGUUUCCAAGCCUUGCGUUUUGAUGCCGACGUGUUUUGCCGGCAAACUUGAAACCACGACUACUUUCCUUUACGAUUCGAAGGACUGCGCAUUGUCAUUGUCUGAGUACCAUGUCUUGGUCGUUGGACAGCUUGGUGGCGGGGAGAGUUCGUCGCCAUCGAAUCAGGCUGCUCCGUUUUCUGGCAUCGAUUUUCCCAGAGUCACGUAUGAGGAUAACAUAAGGCUGCAGUAUGCGCUGUGUCAGAGUCUGGGCAUUGAGAAGUUGGAGGCGUAUAUUGGGUUUUCGAUGGGUGGACAGCAGGCUUACUAUGUGAGUGUGCUGUACCCUGACUUCGUGUCCAAUGUGGUUAUGCUGGCGACUUCGGCACGCACAUCGUGGCACAACUACAACUUCUUGGAAGGACCAAAAGCUGCUUUGGAGUCUUCUGUUGAUUUUGAAGAUGGCAGAUACCAGAAAGAGCCCGUCAGAGGUCUCCGGGCUUUUGGUCGGGUUUACUCAACCUGGGCACUCAGUCAAGCCUGGUACAGAAAUGAGUGCUGGAAGGCAGUUGGCUACGACACGCUAGAGAAGUACCUCCAGAAUGUGUGGGACAAGAGGUCUAACGAUGCCAAUGACUUGCUAUCCAUGCUGUGGACAUGGCAAAAUGGCAACAUCGCCGCUUGCUUCCCUGAAGACAAGGGAGAUUUGCCCGCAGCUUUGGGACGCAUCAAGGCAAAGUCGUUGAUCAUGCCUUCGAGAACUGAUUGCUACUUCCCACCCGAGGACAGCGAAGAGGAGGUCAAGCAUAUCAAAGACGGAAAGCUGGCUGUCAUUGAGAGUAUCUGGGGCCAUCUUGCUGGCGGAGGAGCUGGUACUGCUGAUGACAAGAAGUUUAUCAACGAACAGGUCUCUCAACUUUUGAGAUAG